AUGGAUAACGUAAAACGGACCUGGUUUGAUGAGUGGGAUACAAACAAAUUGUAUCAGGAGAUGGUGGAGAAUUGCAAUGAUUGUGUUAAUCCUUCUCCUGUGCUUUCAAAGAAUUUACAAGAUGGUAUUGUGUGUGGUCCAAUUCUGAAGUUCCUCGAUGUUGAUUAUGGAACUAAUCAAUUUCGUGGGUCUAUUAUGAUAAUCACUAAGAAUCAUUCUAUCGCCGAAGAUGGCAAUAUUACAAUUGAAUUCAUACAAGGUCCUUCUAAACAAUCAGCUACUGCGCAAGAUGCAUCAUUUACAAAUGGGACAUUGGAAAGUCACUUGUUUCAUACCGAUAGAUUACUGACUGAUGUUUAUAGAUUUUAUCGUUACGAUUUAUCAUUGAAAAUGCAUCCUGAAUGUGAGACUAUGGUGAGAUAUUCUGUUAACAACGAAUUUAAAGAUUAUUAUCGUUUUUACAUUCCUUCAUCCGAGACAAACUUCAAUAGCAUUGCAUAUUCAUGCAAUGGGUUUUCACUUUCUGUAGACACUAGAGUAUUUGAAGGUUCGCUAUGGUUCAAUGUCCUUAAUGAACACUCAAAAAUUCAUUAUAAUGUAAUGCUUGGUGGCGGCGACCAAAUAUACUCUGAUCAAAUCAAACUGUACUGUCCUCCUGUCAAAGAAUGGGUAGAAUCAAAGGAUCCUAUCAAGAAGUAUAACUUCAAAGUAGAUGAAAAUGUAAUGACACAGUUAAGGGAAUUUUAUUUAUCGGAGUACAUCAAUUGGUAUGGCUUUGGCCAUUGGAAAGGUUCCACUGCCAAUUCGAAAACAACCCAAAAACUGUUUUAUGUUGCAAUGGCUUGCAUCCCCUCCAUAAACAUGUGGGAUGAUCACGAUAUUAUUGACGGUUUUGGCUCUUAUUCCGACACCUUCAUGAAAACAGACAUUUUCUCCAGUAUUGGUAAAGUGGCCUACGAAUACUACAUGUUAUUUCAACAACAAGUUAAUAGUCUAGGAGACGUUGACAAUGAGCGUUAUCUGGAGGAUAGAUCAUGGAUCCUUGGUGCAACACCAGGGAAAUUUAUCACCGAAAAGGCUCAUUCUAUUUUCACAAGAUUGGGUCCUGAUGUAUCUCUGUUAAGUGUCGAUUGUCGUACUGAAAGGCGGCUAUCAACAAUCUUAACUACUGAAAGUUAUGACUUAAUAUUUAAAAGACUAGAGGAGGAAGUUCAACGAAAGAAAAUCUCACACUUGCUAAUCAUGCUAGGUAUCCCGAUUGCAUAUCCAAGAUUAGUGUGGCUUGAAUGGCUAUUUUCAUCUACAUUAUUCAAACCCUUGAAGUGGUUGAGUAAGAAAGGGUACUUUAUGCCUGGAUUAGUGAACGAGUUUAACGGCGAUGUGGAGUUACUGGACGAUAUGAACGAUCAUUGGUGUGCCAAACACCACAAAGCCGAAAGAAACAUGUUAGUUUCCCGAUUACAGGAUUUUGGGGCCAAGCACGGGACCAGAAUCACUAUUCUAUCCGGGGAUGUCCAUUUGGCCUCUAUUGGCCGCUUCAGAAGGUCUGAUUCAGUCGAUAAGAACAGCAAAGAGGACCCGAGGAUGAUUGCGAACAUCAUCAGCAGUGCUAUCACCAACACGCCGCCGCCGGAUGGCAUGAUCAAACUGCUGCAAAAGAAGAACAAUAAGAGACAUAAAUUCGAUUAUAAGACAAUUGAAGACGCAGUGCCUAUCUUCGGGCAUGAGUCGGACGACGCAAAUGCAAAGAGAACGCACGACUGUUUCUACAACAAUAGAAACUGGUCUGACAUCAUCCCGACAAAGAACGCCCUUGGGAAUCCAUACCUGAACAACAAGUUUCACUUACAGUUAGGCAAGUAUGCUGUUCCAGGCAAAAUCACCACCAGCGGGUUCCAAUACAGGGAUGGCUUAGCCAGCAGAGGCAACUCCAUUCCUUACGAAAUCACCGAGCGUGGUUUGAUCGGGACCAUUCACGUCGAGAAAGACACCGCCAACAAGAACAGCGACACCUCUUGCUACUCCAUGCCUAUCCCGGAACUGACCGUAUCUGGUGCAAAGUUGUCGCACAGCGGCAUGAAGCAUAUGCCGCUGUGA